CACUUUUGUAAGAGCAGUCGUGAGGGUCGGACACUAGGUACGCAGAAAACAGGUUACGUCAUUUAAGUAUUGAUAAACAGGUCUUCGGCAAACAGACGAUAGCUAAAGUAAACAAAGGAUUUGUUUGUACAAGACGACAGUGGGAGAAAUAUAAAAGUCGUUGUGUGUCGAGCACUCUUGUGAGAUCGGUAGUCGAAGACACAGCCUCUCAUCAUGAUUGCUCUCUCCUUUGGUGUCCUAGUUCUGAGUGCGGCCGUGUUGGCCAGGCCAGGGCCUUACCCCCAGCCCCAACCCCAGCCACAGCCCCAGCCCCACCCCAUCCCUAACGCUUACUCCAUGGCACAACCCUCAGCAUACCCGAUGCCCAACAACGGACCCACUUACCAACACGGCCCCAACAACGGCCCGACCUUCUCUCUCCCCGCCAGCGGCCCGAGUGCUUCUUGGGGUGCUCCUGCCAGCGGACCCAACCCCGGCAUGAACCACCAAGCUCCCGCCAGUGGGCCUAACCCGGGACCCCAGCCUAGCUUCGCCGCUGGACCUUUCAACGGACCCCAGCCUGGCCCUCAGCCUCAGCCCAUGCCCCAGCCCCAGCCCCAGCCUCAGCCCAGCCCCAUCGGACCCCAGAACGGCCCCAUGCCCUCCGCUGAGCCUCAUUACGGCUACGGUCUUGGUUACGGAGGUGUUGGUGUCACAGAGGAGUUCUUCUACUCCGACCCUCCCGUCCUGGUCGCCGAGGAGAUCAUCGUUCCCGAGUACGGCUACGGACUACCCGUCGGUGGCUUCGGCUAUUUGUAGAGUUGUAGUAUAGACUGUACGACUAGAAAUUAAGAUUUUGUAAAUACAUACUUAAACAUAA